AUGGACAUGGCAAAUGCUCCAGACAAGACCUCCGGGAAGGUCGGCCUACUUUUCAAGACCAUGGGGAAAAUGAUUCCUGUCAAUGCAGUGUAUGGAGACACAGUAUUAGAGACUGCACACAAGAAUGGCGUGGAUCUUGAAGGAGCCUGCGAGGGAAACUUGGCAUGCUCAACAUGCCACGUGAUCCUAGAGGAGCCUCUAUACAGAAGACUUGGAGAGCCUUCCGACAAGGAAUACGACUUAAUCGACCAAGCGUUUGGCAUCACAAGUACCUCAAGACUGGGAUGCCAAUUGAAAAUUGAUAAGAGCUUUGAGAAGACAGUCCUUACAAUUCCUAGAGCAACGAAGAACAUGGCUGUGGAUGGAUUCAAGCCCAAGCCCCACUAG